CUUGUGAUCCAGAGCUGUCCCAUGAAUGAGUGCCUUUUAUGUGCAGUGAGCAGACUGCAUCUCAGCUGGUAGACCUGCCUGAACCACCUCACUACACAUAUUGGGUGGAUUUCAGGGAUUACGGCGCCAUGUAUCUGAAUACCCUGGUAAUCUGGCUAGUUGGCACCGAGGAGUGAGGUGUUCGGAGGCUGUAGCUCGGCUUCUUAGCCAUGGAGACAGAGGGGCUGCCUGCUGCACCAGGCCAGUAUAGCCAGCCCGGUCAGCCAGGCCCAGUGCUGGGGCUUCGAAGUCUCUCCUUUGCCUACCAGGGCUUGCUAGAGAUCCCCUACGAAGUCAUACUAGCCCAGCAACACACCCUGGAAGUGUUGGACCUCAGCUACAACCUGCUGGAGGACCCAGCUCUCCUGGGUGAACUGGAGCAGCUCAGCACUCUGAUCCUGGACUGCAACAUCUAUUCGUCCCACGUCAAGUUCCCCUACAUGCCAAGCGUCACCACCGUGUGGAUCAACAAGAACAAGAUCAGUAAUCUGCCCAUCUUCGUGGAGGAGAUCCGCCGCAAGUUUCCCAACAUCAAGAUCCUCAGCAUGAUGAACAACGAGGCAGCACCCAGCUACUUCAAUGGAGGGAGUCUGCCCCAGUACAUAGACUACAGGCAGUAUGUGAUCAGUCAGAUCCCAAGCCUGACGAUCCUGGAUGACACUGAGGUUCUGGGGAAAGAGAGAGCGCAGGCUAAGAAGACCUAUAGAAUGCAGAGGACCAGGGAAGGCAGCAAAAGGAGGAAGGAGCUCCAUCGUUGAACCCUCCUUAAUACUGCUACCUAUAUAACUGAUCUGAAGACGUAUCAAGAUGAGCAAAUCAUUCAUUCUCGCGAUAGAUGAUUAGUUCAAGCAAGCUAGCACCAGUUGUAAAUAUAUUGUCAGCAUGUUAUUUGUUCAAAUGAAAAUGGGAUACUUUUUGUUAUGAUUUUCUAUGGACAUGGGGAAUUUCCCUUAUCAUGAAAGAAAUGAAGGGAAGAUAUUCCAUUUAAAUGGUGAAUGAAGAUGUUUUGCAAAAGUAAAUCAUUCCAUGUCACACUCAAA